AUGACUAGAAAGUUCUUCACGAAUUCCAGGGAGCGGUGGAGGCAGCAGAACGUCAACAGCGCCUUUGCCAAACUGAGGAAGCUUAUUCCUACUCACCCGCCAGACAAAAAGCUGAGCAAGAAUGAAACUCUCAGACUGGCGAUGAGGUACAUCAACUUCCUUGUCAAGGUCUUGGGGGAACAAGGCCUGCAGCAAACAGGUGUGGCAUCACGGGGGAGCCUUUUGGGGCUGUUCCAGCAAGCACCCCACUUGCAGGGCAUGGAGGAACUGACUCUAUUGGAGGACGGUGUGAUGUCUUUCCCUGAGCCGACCAGUCACAUAGCAGGGGGCUGGUUUCAAAGCUUUAAAGAUUGUGGAGUGAAUUUCAAUAAUUUUCUGAACGUGCCUUUCACCAUUAAGGUUGAGGGUCUACAGAGCCUAGAAAACUGGUCCAAAUAUGAGGAUGACCUUUGCCCCAACUUUUGA